AAAUAAUUGACAGCUGAAAUGACAUCACUUACGUGACGUCACGUCACGUCACGAUGAGGAAAACCAUUUUGCACUCCACAUUACAUUCUACAUGUAGCAUUAUGAAGAAUAGUAAUGAAAAAGACCAUCGAAUACAAACAAAAAUACUCUAUCUUCUGAACCUGCUUCUCUUCUUGGUUGUCCUAGUACAAUCGUUCGUCAUCGUUUACUCACCUCAAAAUUCUAAUAUUCAAAUGGCUUCACCCGAUAUACAACAGCGCUAUAUCAAACCUGAAAAUAUCAAUCAUGACAUUACUCGUCAUCGAGUUAAAAAAAGAGAAAUUUCUUCUAAAACUGAAUGCGGAGAAAAAGACGAAGAUGUCGUAAUGUUGAACGGAAAAUGCAGUAUAACAAAAUCUGACCUUUGCGAGUAUUGUCUUAGUGCGGAAGACAUUUGUAAAAAGAAUACAACAGAAACAGAAGAAAAAAAUGAUUCUGAAGAAAAGAAAAAAGAAGAAAGUAGAGAUUGCAUUCUUGACAACGUUACAGAUUACCAGAUUAUUCCAUUUCCAAUAUAUAAUGGAAGCGAAAGACUAGGUAUUGCACAAUUUGAAGAGGAUUCUGAAGGUAAUCUGGACAUUUGGCUGAAGGAAUUUGGAUAUCCUGCUUUAAAAGAAUACAGAUUAAAUGAAAACGGAAGUUAUGAAAUUCUCAAGGAAAUUUAUUUCUCUCACUCACGGACAGAUUGGGGAAUUGUAUACAAUGGAAGUUAUUACGGUCGAUAUGAUCACGAACGCAAAAUUUUCAAAUACAACGUCCAGACUUCGGAAUUCAAAAUAGGAGAUGAAAUUAAUGAUGUUCCAGGACUUGAUUACAUGUAUUUCUUCGUAGACAAGGACAGUAUUUGGGUAUUUAGCUUAACACGUUUUCGUAUUGACGACAGUGACUAUGCGCUUCAAAUCGAUCCAGAAAGUUUAGAAAUUUUGUCUAAGCAUAAAAUUGUUACUGAAAAUUGCAUGCUGGAAUAUGUAUUCGUUGCUUAUGGCAAAGUUUAUUGCUUGAGUGGUGUGGGAGGUCGAGAAAUUUUUUUGUUGUGGGAUAUGACCAAAAAGGAAAAGCGAAACGUCACUAUAAAUAUUAAUAGAAAAGAACCACUUAAUGCUUUUAAUCUGUUCUACAGUUUUAAAGAACAAUAUCUUUAUGUACUUCACGGAUUCUCAGCAUCCUUGAAUUAUGCACUUCACAGAUACAAAUUACACUUUAAUUGUUCGUCCGAGGAGUGAAAAGUUGUAUGGAGAUGUGUGUUAAUUUGUUCCAAUUAUAUGAAAUUUAUAUGAAAUUGUUACAAUGUGCUUUGAAUUUUUCAUUUUUAAUAUAUUCUCUGUAUGAAAUUUCAAUAAAUAUUUUCUUUUCUCGUU